AUGGACUCAGCAGCAAUUCUUCAUAUAGCAAAUCUUCCAACAGGAGCCAAUGAGGAGUUCCUGGAAUCUACAUUUUCAGAAUAUGGAACGAUUAAUAAAAUUAUUCUCAAGGAAAGAGACAAUGGAAAAUUUGCUAUGAUUCAAUACGAAAAACCAGAAUCAGUAAAUGCCGCAAUACAAAAUUUGAACUACAGUAAUAUCGAUGGUAAGCAGAUUGUACUCACUUCUUGUGCAAAAAAAGUAAUUACUUCAAUUAUGCAAGGAAAUAAUUGUUUAUUUGUUUCUGGAUUGCCGGAAAACAUUACAGCUGCACAGCUUGCAGAAAUUUUCAGUAAUUUUGGUGACAUUAUUACAGUUAAAAUUGCUCAAUCAGAAUUAAAGAAAGGAUGCGCCUAUGUACAAUUUAUGAAAGCAGAAGAUGCAAAAAGAGCUAGAGCACAGUUAUUCGGUGCGCAUAUUGGCGAAAAUGAACUUGAAAUUGAAGAAUAUUUUCCAAAAUUACGUGUGAAGUCACCUGAUGCCGAAGCAGACAUCGAUACAACAUACACAGAUAUUUUUAUUAGAGGUCUACCCCCUUAUAUUAAAACUGUUGCCGAUCUUGGUGCUUUACUCCUCGAAUUCGGUAAUUUAGAAGCUGCGAGAAUCAUUGAAGGCGAAGAUUGCGCCAUUGCUCGUAUGGAAACCCACGAAGUCGCAGAAAAUGUUGUUAAAAACCUGACAGGCCGUGUAAUGGGAGGAAGAACACUUGUAGCCUUCCGAGCCUUGUCAAAAGCUGAGCGUAUCGCAUAUAGCUUAAGAGAAAGUCACUAA